AUGGCAAAUACAUCACAAGUUGGAACGUUGAAGCCGCCUCUUCGCCGUGCCUGGUGGAAAGAAUCCUCCGUCUACCAGAUCUAUCCAGCAUCCUUCAAAUCAGCCAAUUGCACCGUGGACAAGGCCUCGGGCACUGUAAAAGGCGAUCUCCGCGGCAUCAUCUCAAAGCUGGACUACAUCGCCAGCCUUGGAGUGGACAUUGUGUGGCUCAGUCCCAUCCUACAAUCUCCACAGGUUGACAUGGGAUAUGAUAUCUCAGACUACCGUGCUAUUUAUCCCGGCUAUGGCACGAUGGAAGACCACGAUGAUCUUAUCAAGGGCCUGCACGAUCGUGGUAUGAAAUACGUCAUGGAUCUGGUUGUCAACCACACGUCAGACCAACACGAGUGGUUCAAGCAAUCGCGCUCCUCAACAGACAACCCAUAUCGCGACUGGUACAUUUGGCGACCGCCACGCCACGACGACCAUGGCAACCGCAUUCCGCCCAACAACUGGGAAUCAGGUUUCUCUGGUUCUGCCUGGACUUACGACGAGGCGACGGGCGAGUAUUACCUCCAUCUGUUCGCAAGUGCGCAGCCUGACCUGAACUGGGAGAACGCCGAGGUCCGGGACGCAGUGCAUGCCAUGAUGCGGUUUUGGCUCGACCGUGGGGUCGACGGGUUCAGGAUGGAUGUCAUCAACUUCAUAUCAAAGGAUCCAGGCUUGCCAGACGGAGAAGUCACACGGCCUGGUUUCUUGCAAUCUGGUGUGAAACACUAUGCCUGUGGUCCACGGCUGCACGAAUACUUGCGAGAGAUCGGGACCAUUCUCCAAGAAUACGAAGCCUUCUCCGUGGGCGAGAUGCCCGGCGUCGAGGACACGAAAGAAAUCCUCAAGGCCGUCAGACAGGACCGCGGCGAGCUCGCGAUGGUGUUUCAAUUCGACAUUGUAGGCAUGGACGUCAAGCCCGGCGGGAUCAAGUGGGACCACCAGGACUUUGAUCCGCGCAACUUGAAGCACAUUGUGUCGAAAUGGCAAUCAUUCAUGCUUCAGAAUGCCGGCUGGAAUGCCGUGUUUAUGGAGAACCACGACCAAGGACGUACAGUGUCGAGGUACUGCGACGACAGCGACGCGUAUCGCACCAAGUCAGCCAAGCUGCUUGCUGCACACUUGGGUCUCCUGUCCGGCACGAUCUUUGUGUACCAGGGCCAAGAACUUGCUCAGAUCAACGUGCCAGAGAGUUGGGGCAUGGAUGAGUACAGAGACAUUGAGGCACUCAAUCACUGGAAGACAGUUCUGCGAGAUUUUCCCAACGACAAAGAGAAACAGGCCGCCUACAGGAGGCAAUAUCGGCUCAUUGGACGCGACAAUGCCAGGACGCCGAUGCAGUGGACCGCCGACGCAGACACCUACGCCGGGUUCCUCCCGGAGGAUGCCCCCAAGGACGCCAAACCCUGGAUGUCCAUCCACCCAGACUUUGCGGAAUGGAACGCCGAGGCGCAGCUCGCCGACCACGACAGCGCAUUCCACUACUGGCAGCGCAUACUCAGACUCCGCAAGCGGCACAAGGACAUCUUCGUCUACGGCGACUUCGAGAUGCUGGACUUGGACAACGAGUUCGGAAACGUCGUCGCAUAUUUGAGGACAGACGAUUCUGCAGACAACCACCCCGACGCGCAGCAGGCCACAGGAGAAAAAGUCGACAGGUACAAAACGUGCCUUGUCGUGACAAACUUCUCGGGCGAGGAGAUAUGGUGGACUCCGCCUCCAACGACCAGGGCAGGGCAGGUGUUGUUUGACGGAGCUGGGCUGAGGAAAGGCGCUAUCCUGGAGGAGUUUCGCAAUUACAAUACGCGAAACGGGGAGGGAGGUAACGCGGUGCGGAAAGACGGCGAGAAAGGCUGGGCGAUUCUGCUGAGGCCGUGGGAAGUCGUGGUCGCGAUGGUCUGA